GAACUUCUGUCUCCACCUUCAUUUAUAUAAAUCCCACCACAGAAUUAAGGCUUUAUUUCUCAUCAACAAAUAAGUUGCUAAGUUUAGGUCUUCCAGAUCUCUCACUCGAAACAAUCUUGCGAAUUUUCCCCCUCUUGAAGAUGAUCAGUGCCAAGAAACUCAUCAAGAUGGCCAAAAAGUGGAGAAAGUAUGCUGCCCUCCAACGCAAGAGAAUCUCAUUUAACCGUGAUGGAGCAGAGAGCUGCUGUACCAGCUUAGCAGUGGUUGACAAGGGGCACUUUGCAGUCUACGCUGCAGACAAUAGGCGCUUUGUACUUCCCUUAGCUUAUCUUAACAAUUCAUUGUUUAGACAGCUACUGAAGAUGUCUGAAGAGGAGUAUGGGCUGCCAAGCAAUGGUCCUAUUGUAUUACCAUGUGAUUCGCUCUUCAUGGACUAUGCCAUUUGCUUGAUCCGACAGGGUCGAACUGGAGAUUUGCAAGAGGAUGUCCUUGUUAGAAGCCGAUGCUCGUCAUCAUGUUUAUAUAAAGGCCAAAUGAUGCAACAGGUGCUUAUAUGUUAGCACAUUAAAAUUAUAACUACAGUUAAACAUUCCAAAGUCAUGAGUGGUUAAGCAUAUGUAGCGAACCCCUGUCUUUGAAUCUGUAAUUUUAUGAUUGUUCAUUUUGCAAAUUGGUGGAAUACUGAGA